AUGGCGUCCUCGCAAACCACCACCACGACCAUACAUCUCAAGGACUACGACUCCUCCAGCACCUCCGCACCUAUAAACACCGGCACCGAGGCCGUCCGCCAUGCCGCGCUGAACACCUCGACGACAGCCCGCCGACGCGGCGCGCAACCGACCCUGCACGUGCCCGACAACGACGAGGACGCCAUCAUCGCCGCCUCCCGCGCGCUCGACGAGGAGUGCCCGGACGGCGGCUACGGCUGGGUCAUCGUCCUCAGCGGCGCCAUGCUCAUGUGGUGGGCGUCCGGCACCACCUACGCCUGGGGCGUCGUCCAGCGCAAGCUCGUCGAGCAGCACCUCGCCGGCCCCGCGACCCUCUCCUUCAUCGGCUCCCUGCAGGCGUCCAUGCCCGCCUGGUUCGCCGUGCUCGACGCCUUCGUCAUGCGCCGCUGGCUCGGCUCCCAAAGGCUCGCCAUGCUCGGCAUGCUCACCAUGGGGCUCGGCGGCAUCCUCGCCAGCUUCUGCACGGAGAGCAUCCCGGGGCUCUUCGUCACCUUUGGCUUCCUGGCCGGCGCCGGCGGCAGCUGCGGGUUUGCCGUCGUGGCGGCCGUCCCGGCGCAGUAUUUUAAUACGAAGCGCGGUCUGGCAAACGGCCUCAUCUUCGCGGGCAGCGGGUUCGGUGGCGCAACGAACAGUUUCUUCAUGGAUGCGCUCAUUCGCAGCCUGGGCAUCGCCUGGGCGUUCCGAGUGCUUGGCCUGGUGACCAUGGUGACUGGCUUAUUUGCAGGCUGGUUCAUGAAGGAGAGGACAAAGAUCCCAGACAAGCGAUUCGUUGACAUGAAGCUGUUUAAAAACACCAACUUCACCUUGCUAUGGCUUUGUGCCGCCGUUGGGAAUUUUCCCAUAUUUGUUCCCCCAUUCUUCCUCCCCCUUUACAACCAAGCGCUCGGCUUCUCCUCCAGCACCGGAGCUGGUCUUGUGGCCGGAUUCACCCUGUCAUCUGCCAUCGGCCGCAUCCUCUGCGGCUUUUGCUGCGACAGGUUUGGCCCGGUCAACGUGCUGCUGGCUUCGCUGCUGCUUUCUGCCUUUAGCAUGCUCGUCAUCUGGCCUGUUUCCCAGUCUCUCGCCCCUCUCGCCAUUUUCUGUAUUCUGAAUGGCGUGUCCAACGGCGGAUUCUUCUCCUGCACACCCACCGUCGCCACCAGUAUCUUCGGCAGCCAGCGUGGCUCUCCCAUCGCCGGUUACCUACUCGAGGCCUUUGGCGGAGCAAGUGGUGGUUUGAAGGCCUACCGUCCUGCCAUGUUUUACGCAGGCGGCUUGGCUUUAAUCUCGGCAGUCUUGUUGGCAAUUGUUCGGUUUCGCAUCAAUAAGAAGUUCUUGGCUGCCGUAUAG